AUGUUUUCAGGCCUAACGGCGAUCCUCAUUUCGAAAAUUGUAUUCCUCUCUUACAUCAGUAGGAAAAGGAAAAUGAUCUGGGAAAAAGUUGGUCAUUUGGAGAAAAUGUUCUUGUACCCUCUGAAAUCAACGAAAGGGAUAUGUCUGGAUAGUGCCGACAUCCUCUAUAGUGGACUGGCUAUCCGAAAUGAAAAUGGUCAUACCGUUAAAGACAGGUCCUGGAUAGUUGUGGACCAAAAAAACAAAAUGGUGACUGCGAGGAAUAGGACGAAGAUGGUCAACAUCUCGUCACUGAUCCGUGGGGACAGUUUAGUGUUAUCGGCUCCGGAGAUGACCGAUUUGAUCCUUCCACUAGUUGGCAGUGUUGUUGCUAGUGAAGAAAUCAUAAUUACUGUAUGGGACGACAGGGUGGGCGGUUACGAUUGCGGAAUGGAGGCUUCCGAUUGGAUAACCAACUAUUUCAAUUUACCCAACACCAACCAAUCAGAUGAAGGUGAACGUUACAGGAUAUUAAGUUUCACGGAUGGUUGGACAGCUAGGAGGAAACUGAAAAGAGAUGAUGAUCACUGGAGAGAGGACGCUAGAGAUGUUGAUGAGGUGCAAUACCAAGACGGAUACCCGUUUUUGUUGACAACAUCUGCAUCUUUUGAUGACGUCAAAAGUAAAUGUUACCAGAAAAGCUUGAAAGAUAAUAAUAAUUAUGAAAUUUCUGAAAAUUUGGAUGGUGAGUCUCUUUCGAUAAAAAUGGAGUGUUUCAGGCCAAAUUUUCACAUUCAAUCGAAUAUGGAUGCGUUUGAUGAGGAUGGUUGGAUGGAAAUAAAAAUAGGAGAUUGUACAUUUUACAACAUGAAACCGUGUGAUAGAUGUACGAUGACAACCAUCGAGCCUUCGACGGGCGAAAGAUUGCCUGGUUAUGAGCCAUUAAAGACAUUAAGACAGUAUCGACUGAUGUACCCUGAGUUUAAGAACUCCCCAUGCUUCGGCAUCAAUUUGGUUGCCACAAAACUAGGUCAGGUCAACGUCGGUGACCCAGUUUUUAUGAGGAGGUCAUCAGAUUUUCGAAGAAAACGCUCUAAACUUAUUAAUUUAUUCUUAGUAAAUUUAGGCAAAUAAUUUUCAUACGGUUAUUUGUUGCUGUUGUUGUUUCAUGUAGUUGAAUAUAAUCAUAUCUUAAU